GUCGGAGAAAAACAAUUUGUCCUAUUACAAAUGUUUCGCGAUUGCCCGUGAAGCCGCUCGACCGGAGGGUAGGCGUGUGCGCUCGAAUGAGGCGCGACGUUUUUCGACCAUAGCCCGGACCACUACACUUAGCAAAGGUGGAUUGGUACGCAGGAUAUGAGCAGUUUGUCAAGCGCAACCUGACUCUGCUCCCCCAUCAGCAAAUUCACCCCCAGCCGCCGCCGCCGCCGCCGCCGCCGCACCAUCAUCACCAUCACCAGCAGCAGCAGCAGCAGCACCAGCAGCAGCAGCAGCAGCAGCAGCAACAACAGCAGCAGCAGCAGCAACAGCAGCAGCAGCAGCAGGAGUUGCAGCCACAGCAGCUGGCUCAGCCGCAGCAGAGCGACAUAAUGACAUCUAUGUUCGACCAACAGAUUAAAAGCGAGCCGAUGGGCUUUUAUUCGGUUGCUUCUAGCCGUUCGGAUGGUUCUAAUUCUAUGGUUAAUUUAUCAGACGACAGGGAAGACCUUUCGCAACAGGAAGGCCACCUACAGCCUCAACAACAAAGUUCAUUGCAGCUGAGCCAACAGCAACAGAGUCAGCAACAGAGUCAGCAGCAGAGUCAACAGCAGUCGCAGCAGAGUCAACAACAGCAGAGUCAAAAUAUACAACCGGAUAGUCCUGGUCGUCAGUCUACCGGUCAGCAGACUUCUAAGGAAGCCACCAGAUCUAAACCGCAGCCUUGUAAAGUCUGUGGCAAGGUCUUAUCCUCAGCGUCCUCCUACUACGUACACAUGAAACUCCAUUCGGGGAACAAGCCGUACCACUGUACGGUGUGCGAAGCGAGCUUCUGUCGUAAGCCUUACUUGGAGGUACACAUGAGAACUCAUACGGGCGAACGGCCGUUUCAAUGCGAGCUCUGUUUGAAAAGGUUCACGCAAAAGAGCAGUUUGAAUACUCACAAGCGCGUGCAUACGGGCGAACGGCCGUACGCCUGCGACAUCUGUCAGAAACGUUUCGCGGUAAAGAGCUACGUAACGGCGCAUCGUUGGAGCCACGUCGCGGAAAAGCCUUUGGUCUGUGACAGGUGUUCCCUGACGUUUACGUCGAAGAGUCAAUUUGCCAUACACAUUCGUACGCAUACCGCGGGUACGACUUACGAAUGUGGGAUUUGCGGGCGUACGUUUGUACGAGACAGCUAUUUGAUAAGGCAUCAAAAUCGGGUUCAUCGCGACAUGAGUCAGAGCGGCUCGAAUCACAAUCCGUCGACGCCACAGAGCACCGCAGGCGGCGCCUCAGGGACCGGCUUUGAAAGUCCGGUCUGCGAUCUGCGUUACAACGAGGGACCAUCGUCGUUGGACGGUUUACCCGGUGGGAAGGGUGGUGGUAUCGCCGCUGAGAUCGCGAGCCUAGCCAAGCAAAACAAUCUACAGCUUCCUCUACCAUUACUGCAUCCGCAGACAACCAACUAGUGUUUAGACGGCAGCGCGUCUCGAUCCCUGCCGCAAUCCCUGUCGCAGCAACGAUCACCGUCGUCGCAGCAAGUAGUAUGUCCACCCACCUCGGCUACCACGCCGUUCACACUUCAUUCACGCGAGCACGCCGUCACCGCCACUACUACCACACCAUCACCACCACCACCACCACUACCACCACCACCAUCACAACCUCCACCACAACCACCACCACCACCACCACCACUACUACCACGACCACCUCCACGACCACCACCACUAUCAUCAACGCAGAGUGUCUACCAAACGACGGGCUCCUCCUCGGCAUCUCCUAUGGGUAGCCCUAAUUCCCAACUCUAUCCUCACUUGUCGACCUCCAUUGAUUCGCCGGAGUCUCAUCAUCGAGCUCAUCAUCAAUCGCAUCGUGGCAUUCCUCCGCCAGGGCUUCACCCUGCGCUAUAUCUAUACGCUCAGUACACCAAUUCGACUCCCACGAUUUCCUCUUAUCCUGAAUACAGUCAUCGCAACGACUGAACCGAUGAUUAUUAAACACUAGCAUCUAUUAUUGUCAAUCUUUUGAAAGAAAUAGAAGUUGCGUCCUUCGAUCACGGUGCUGGACCACGGUGCCCUACGAACAUGACAAAGUGCCUACGAAAAAAGCAUCCCCUUUCUGAAUCAUGAUGGAUGCUUGCUUUCAAAAAAAAAAAAUAAAAAAAUAAAAAAACCCUUUCGUCGUUAUACGAAAGGAUUUUUCUUAACUUUCCUUACGACCUUGACCUCUUAUCUUUCUGCCACACUUUCUGCCUAUCCAUACACCUAUCACUACCACCUUCAUCACCAGCAACAAACCUUUUAGCCGUGACCCAUGGCAUAAGGAAGAGGAGAGAAAGAGGGAGAGAGAGAGAGAGAGAGAGAGAGAGAGAGAGAGAGAAAAAGUCAAUUGUAAAUUGAUCGAUCGCUCCUUUUAAACUGUAGCUAUUUAACUCGACUCUUCCUUGCCUAGGCAGUUCAUUAAAUGGACUUCAUAUAUUUCACUGAGGGAAAAAAAAAGAAAAGAAAAAAGAAAUCAAACGGCAUAUACUAGGUCGAAGGAUUAUACUUACGUUUUACUAUUAAUUUAUAUAAUUAUCUCAAUCAUUCUCGAUCUUGUAUUAUAAUAAUUCACGAAUUUCCAACCUUUUCUGAUGCUAGUGUAUAAUAAGAAUCUUAGAUAUUGUGGGACAUCGAACAUUGGACAGAUAGAAAAAAGAAAGAAAGAAAGAAAGAAAGAAAGAAAGAAAGAAGAAUAAGAAGAAGAUGAAAAAGAAGAAAGAGAAAAAGAAGAUAAAGAUGAAGAUGGAAACUAAAAUGAGUUUAAUCACCCUGUUUCAAUCGCUUUCGUUAUGCCUAUUCUUUUCGUCGAUCACAUCUCUGCGAG